AUGUACAGAUUAAAUACUUUCAGUAAAUCAACUUUAUUAAAAAAUAUUCAAUCAACCUAUUUAAAAAACUAUUAUACAUCAUGUUUAGUUAUUGCAGAACAUGAUAAUAAAAAUUUAUUAUCUGGUACAUUAAAUACAAUUACAGCAGCUACAAAAUUAGGUGCAACCAAUAUUUCAGUUUUAGUUGCUGGUUCAGGAUGUAAUGGUGUCGCAGAAACUGCAUCAAAAGUUAAAGGUGUUAACAAUGUUGUAUGUGUUGAUCAUGCAUCAUUAGAACAUUCAUUAGCCGAAACUAUUUCACCAAUCAUUGUUCAAUUACAAAAUAAAGAAAACAUUUCACAUAUUUUAACACCAGCCAGUAACUUUGGUAAAAACUUUUUACCAAGAGUUGCUGCUCUCUUAGAUGUUGCUGCCAUCAGUGAAAUCACUCAAAUCAAAGAUGCCGAUACUUUCCAAAGACCAAUUUAUGCCGGUAAUGCUAUUGCAACCGUUAAAUCAUCCGAUAAAAUUAAAUGUGGUACUGUUCGUACUACUGCUUUUGAUAAAGCUCCAACUGAAGGUGGUGCUGGUAAAGUAGUUUCUGGUAAUGAUUGGGCUGUUCCAUUAGUUGAAAAAGCUCUUAAUGACACUCAUAUCAAAUGGGAAAGUUCCGAAAUUGUUAAAUCUGAACGUCCAGAACUCACAAGUGCCCGUGUUGUUGUUUCAGGUGGUAGAGGUAUGAAAAAUGGUGAAAACUUUAAAAUGUUAGAAGAAUUAGCUGAUACUUUAGGUGGUGCUGUUGGUGCCUCAAGAGCUGCUGUUGACUCUGGUUUUGUUUCAAAUGAUUUACAAGUAGGUCAAACUGGUAAAAUCGUUGCACCAGAAUUAUAUAUUGCUGUUGGUAUUAGCGGUGCUAUUCAACAUUUAGCUGGUAUGAAAGAUAGUAAAGUUAUUGUUGCUGUCAAUAAAGAUCCAGAAGCUCCAAUUUUCCAAGUUGCUGACAUUGGUUUAGUCGCUGAUCUUUUCAAAGCUGUUCCAGAAUUAAAUGAAGCCAUCAAAAAAGCCAAAUAA